AAAUGGAAGAAUGAGCCUAAUCUCAAUUGAAUCGAGUAACUUUGCAUGGGCAAGUCGAUUUGGAUUUGCAUGCAUGCAAGCAAUGGAUAAUCGUGCUUAAUGCAGGAGUGAUUGUAUUCACAGGAGCAGUUGACGUCACACCAACCAUGAAGGCUUCUUUGAAGCUGAGAGAAGGGCAGAAGCCGCUGGUUAGGGCUAAGAUUCCCAUUAACAUAUUAGGUCUAUCGUUGAUCUCUGGGAUUGCUGUAGGAGAUAGCAAAGAAUUGUGCUUGCAUAUGGGUACUUUCUGGGACGCAGGCCCUGCUGUAAAAGUCGCUUACAAGCGUAAUGAUACAUGGAAUCCUUUCAGUAUGGUGCUCAAAAUGGGAAUCGGUGAGUGGGGUUCUCCUUCAGCGGCUGCCUUGGCGAUGACCAUAGAAAUUAAUCUUUUAGGUAGGGGAAAUCCUUCCUUCUUCUUGAACUUCAAACCCCAAUUCGGCGAUUUCACAAUUAGAAAGUCUGUCAGAUCUUCACUUGUAUUGCCCACAAAGCAAUCUGAGGAAUAUGGUUUGUUUGGGCCAAAGCAGCAUAGACUAGUCAGAGCAUUGUCAAGAUGA